AUGGCAAACGAAUUGAAGGUCAUCAUCAUUGGUGCAGGUGUCACUGGUUUAUCUCUUGCCCAUGGCCUAGACAAGCAAGGAAUACCAUAUGAGAUCUUCGAGAAGCGAUCCUCCGAUGCGCCCCAGCGCGACUGGGGAAUCACGGUCCACUGGGCAGUCGAGUUUCUGGAGUUAUAUCCAGAAAAUAUGGGGGCACGCCUGAAGACAGCGCAGGUGGUCCAGAGUAGGGCAGUGAAACCAGAGGAAUUUGUUCAGUUUCACAACGGCCAGACUGGUGAAAUCAUCAAAGAGAUUCCCCUAGGACCAGCUAGGCGCUUCAGCCAUAGAAAGAUCAGAGCUUUGCUCACCGAAGGCAUCGAUAUUAAGCACGAGAAGGUCAUGGAAACCAUUGUCCCAUCGGAUGACGGCGUGGAGGUUGUCUUCAAGGACGGCACCCGCGUGAAAGGCUCGGUCGUCAUUGGUUGCGAUGGCAGCAACUCUUCAACGAGGCAAUGGCUCUUCGAUUACAGUGACGAGGGCAAAUGGAACCCGUUACCCGGGCUCAUCCUCAACAACUUCUGGAUGAAGUUCACCAGAGAGCAGGCUAUCAAAUGCAAGGCCUCACUUGGGGCUUUUCUUGACAUUGCAAUCCAUCCUAACGGGUCAUACUAUGGCCUGAUACCGCUUGACAUCGAAGAGACGGCGGACCCUGCCGACUGGAAGUUCCAGGUCUUCAUGGGGUUACCGUCCGACAUCAAGCCGGAGGAUGAUUCACCCCAGAAGCGGUGGGAACUGGUUAAAGAAGCUGGGAAGCCAUUCGUUGAACCUUUCCGAUCAGCUAUCGAGUGGAUGCCGGAGGGUACAUAUAUAAGUCCUGACCGCUAUGGGACCUGGGAGACACGGAAAUGGAACCACCGUAAUGGCCAGGUGCUCCUCGCUGGAGAUUCGGCUCACUCUAUGACUGCUCGUACGUCACCGAAAAUGAUUUGA